AACUACUACCACCUAGUUGACUCAUAUUACAAAGUUUGGCUACAGUAUGAAGUACAUUCCUGUAUGAAUACAUGGAGGUACAGCUUUAAUAUUUUAUUAAGCAAGUAUUGUUUUUUACAUCUGAUCAUAAACCCUGUUUGAUGUGUUUUUUUAAUUUUUAUUUUCAGGACAGGAAUUAUCACACAGUAAUAGAAAAGUAAGCAUGGGGGUACAUCCCCGCGAAGGAGAGAUAAACAAAGAAGCUAUAUGGAAUUGAAUCAGCCUUUGAUAGCCUGAUUAUUAUUUCCUGACCCUAUUAGGACAAGCUCUUGAUUAAAGAAAAUAUGACUAUCAGACACAUGGCUGCCUCCACCCAAAUGAGGGGAGAACAGGUACCUCUACCUCCAAGAGUGCCAGAGAAGUACCAGAUGCUCAAUGGUCACUUCCUCAGAUUGGGAAAUGUUUACACCAACCAAAGGGGAAACUUAUGUAUUUGCCACUGGUGAAUGGGAUUCCAAGAGAUUGGUGAGCCUGAAGUUCUAAGAACAGGUGGAAUUGGAUAUGGCUAAUUCAUAUGAUUUCAAUGAACAAAACUCAUGGAAUGGAAUCUCAUCUGAAAAGAAGAAUUUCCUUGCAUCAGAAGAUCAUGGACAGAAAAUAUUAAGUGUACUACAGAGUUUUAGAGAACAGAAUAUCUUUUAUGAUUUCAAAAUAGUCGUGAAAGAAGAAAUAAUCCCAUGUCAUCGGUGUGUGUUGGCGGCUUGUAGUGACUUUUUCAGGGCUAUGUUUGAAGUAAAGAUGAAAGAAAGAGAUGAUGGAUGUGUUACCAUUACUAACUUGUCCUCCAAAGCAAUAAAGGCAUUUCUUGACUAUGCCUAUACCGGAAAAGCAAGAAUAACAGAUGAUAAUGUAGAAAUGUUUUUUCAGUUAUCAUCCUUUCUUCAGGUUCCCUUUUUGUCAAAAGCUUGCAGUGACUUUUUAAUAAAAAGCAUCAGUCUCGUCAAUUGUUUGCACUUGUUAUCUCUAUCAGACAGCUAUGGCUCUACACAUUUGUUUAAUCAUGUUUUAUGCUUUGUACAGCAUCACUUUCAUUUGUUAUUUAAAUCCAGAGAGUUUUUAGAGAUGAAUUUUGGAGUGCUGCAGAAGUGUCUGGAGUCAGAUGAGUUAAAUGUGCCAGAAGAAGGAAUGGUCUUGAAGGUUGUCAUUACAUGGAUCAAAUACAACUUAGAGUCCAGGCAAAAGCACCUGCCUCACUUGAUUACAAAAGUAAGGCUACAUCAGUUAUCCGAGGACACACUUCAAGACUAUCUGCUCAAUGAGGAGUGUUUACUCAAAAGCACAAACUGUUUUGAUAUAAUUGUGGAUGCCAUUAAGUGUGUGCAAGUUUCUAGUGGCCUCUUCGCUGAUGCUCGACCAUCCACAACUGAAAAAUAUAUAUUCAUCCAUAAAACUGAGGAAAAUGGAGAAAAUCAACAUACAUUUUGCUAUAACAUUAAAACUGACUCAUGGAAAAUACUGCCACAAUCACAUCUGAUUGAUUUGCCAGGAUCUAGUCUGUCUAGCUAUGGAGAGAAAAUAUUCUUGAUGGGUGGCUGCAAAGGGAAGUGCUGUAGGAAGAUUCGACUUCAUAUUGCUGAGUCUUAUCAUGAUGCCACUGACCAGACCUGGUGCUACUGUCCAGUCAAAAAUGAGUUUUUCUUGGUUUCAACCAUGAAAACCCCAAGAACCAUGCAUACAUCGGUCAUGGCUGUCAGUCGAUUAUUUGUUAUAGGUGGAAAGACUAGAGGAUCCCAGGACAUUAAGAGUCUCUUAGAUGUUGAAUCUUUUGAUCCACUAUCCAAAGAAUGGAUAUCAGUUAGCCCUUUACCAAGAGGUAUCUAUUACCCAGAAGCCAGUGCAUGCCAGAAUGUCAUUUAUGUUCUUGGAUCCGAGGUAGAGAUUGCAGAUGCUUUUAACCCAUCACUUGAUUGUUUUUUUAAAUACAAUGCUACAACUGACCAGUGGUCUGAACUAGUAGCAGAGUUUGGACAGUUCUUUCAUGCUACUUUAAUUAAAGCUGUCUCAGUAAACUGCACUCUGUAUAUAUGUGACCUGUCCACCUAUAAGGUAUACAGUUUUUGUCCUGAUACUUGUGUUUGGAAAGGAGAGGGCUCUUUUGAAUGUGCAGGCUUUAAUGCAGGUGCGAUUGGGAUUGAGGAUAAGAUUUACAUAUUAGGUGGGGAUUAUGCACCGGAUGAGAUCACAGAUGAAGUGCAAGUUUACCACAGCAGCCAGUCAGAGUGGGAAGAGGUGUCACCAAUGCCAAGAGCCUUAACUGAAUUUUACUGCCAAGUUAUUCAGUUCAACAAAUAUAGGGACCCAUGGUUUUCUAAUCAUUUCUAAAAGUAAUAUUUGCUUGAGUAGUCUAAAAUGAUGCCUAGGAGAAUUAGUAAAACAUUAUAUCAGCACAAUAAAAUAUUCCUUCUAUUGAAAAAUGACUAUAGGUAUAUGGUGUCUAUAAGUGGACAAUUUCCAGAAAAUUAUAAUAUAAAGUAUAUUUUACCAAAGUUACAUUGAAUGUGAAUAGUUCAGAAUACUUAGUAUUUUCUUAUGUAAAUAAAAAUCACAGGUUUAGGUAAAAGUUGGCAAAGAAAAGUCAGUGUUCAUAAAUGUUCAUGGAGAAUUAUUUUUGUAUAUAUCCAGUAGCUUCAGUACAAUUUCAGGAUUUAAUUAGUAGCUUACCAUUUUCCUGCCAUGGGUUCUAAUCAUAAAGCACCAUGUUGUUUUACUACUUUAGUAAAUUCUAAGUGAAUCACUCGAAAAAUUACAGGAUUUCUGAUAUCAGUAGUUUAAAAAUCUAUGUCUUUGUCAACUUUAACCAGAGCAUGACCAUCCUUGUUCCUGAGCAAGGUCAUUCUGUUGCAAGAGGCAUGCUUGUUUAAUUGCUCUAAGAGAUACUGCCAAUUUAGAUUUUAAGAUACCUGAUUCAUAUCUCAGGCAUUAUGUAGAUCACACAACUUAGAAUUAGUGUGAUUUCAUUCACUACAUUAUAAAUAUUAAUUUGUAGUAAUUGUAGAGUUAAGAUUAUUCAAAAUGAAAGUUCUUUGAUUUUAUCAUGUAAAUUUAAGAUGUGUUUUCAAAGUAUAUUUGCAUGCAGCUUCAAAAUCAGACUCUUAGAUAUCAAUUACAGGGGAUUCAGAACAAUCAAUACCUAGUUUUAAGCACACAGACUGGUUGGCUCUACCAUUUUCCUUCAUGUCUACUUAAAAGGUUGCUUCUCUGGCAUUCUUUGAGAAAGCAGGUAACAAUUAGUAAUCUAUGCAGAGCUGUUACAUAUAUCUUAGUAAAGUAUGCUUAAAUAAUGUCAUCAGUGAAUCUAGGGAAUAUUCAUUUCUUCCAAAUAUAUAUAUAUUCUCUUUCAGAGAGAGAGAGAGAGAGAGAGAGAGAGAGAGAGAGACUAAAUUAAAACAAUCCCCUCCCAACAGUGUUACAUUCUCUAAUCCUUUUUAUUUCUGCUAUUCUCUGUGAUAAUGUCCUUGACAUCAAGACCCAACUGGUCUACUUUGUAUUUGUUUUCUUUGCUUAUACUGGUUUGGGUUCUUUGAUAUAUUGCUGUCUUUCCUUUUUGUAAAAUAUGUUCAUUACUUGCCAUCCCUGUACAUCUACACCUUGUUCUAUUUUUCAUUGUGAAGAAAAUAUUAUAUCCAGUCAUAAAACCCAGGCUCUUCAUUUCUUUAUCACCACCACAACAGGCUUGGCUCUACUAACGCCUAACUUUGUAUUUCCUUGUCAUGCUUUCACUUCGUCUAACUGCCACAAAGAGGAAAAUAGUCCUGUGUUCAGAAUCUCCAGAAUUCUAUCCAUACUGGAUUCUUUGCUCCAUGACUAAACUGGUGCAUCCAGCGCACUGUGGCCUUGCAACCUAAGAACAUAAUGUAUCACUCUGGCUUUCCUCAUUCUGGUAUUCUAAUAUGCAAAUCUCUGUGAUCGCUGAGGUCUAUUCUCAGAAUAUAGCACCCUUCUAUGAUGUCUUCCUUUAGUUCUCUUUUUUUUCUUUCUUUUUAAAGUCACUCUUCCUUUCAUGUUGACAUUCAGCCAGGACUACAUUGUAAUGGCCAAAUAAUUGACCUCACUAUCUCAUUCUUGUGGGGGGAAAAAUGUUUAACAUUUCUCCAUUAUUUUUGUCUUACUUUACCUCAUUAGGUGUAAGCAUUCAGAAAAAAAAAAGAAAUAUUUGAAUAUUAUAUACUAAAAUUGAAAAUAUGUAUAUGGCAUAUUUUCUAUAUUGUUAAAUAUAAAAAAGGGUUAACAUGAAACAAAUUUAGAGUUAUUAGACAUUCUUGUUGUGGUCUUUGAACUUAAAGUUAAAAUGCAGUGUACCUUUGUUUAUGUACAGUCUUGAGGAAGAGUAUUUGCAUAACCAAAAUUAACAAAUCUCAUAACACUUAACUCUAUUGGUAAGGAAAGAAAUAUUUACCAGAGCAACAUUCAUUGCAUUCGUUACUCAUGAAAGCUGGAUUAUUUGAGGGCAACCAUGCAUUGCAACUAAAUUCCAUCUUUUCAUAUAAAAUUGAAUGUGUAGUCAUUGUGUUUGGCUCAAGGAUACAUUUGACAACCAAAGUCUAAGACAGAGAUAUAGAUCUGUUUUGUAUUUUGAUAUUUGAA